UAAAAUGUCAAAUGUACUUGUGAAAGUAAUCAUUUCCAAAUCUUUAUUAUACAUUGUUUGUCCCCAAAAGUUAUUUGUUGGAAAAAAGUGUGAAUCAACAACGUAGCGAUUUUCGCUUUUAAGAACGUAAAAUCGCUUUUCACCAAAUUAUCCCAAAAGUCCACAUUUAGUACCAAAUUGCAUUACAUUUGACAUAGCGUUAAUAUGGACGUGGAAAAAUCUAGCAGCAGCUCGUUUGAAGAUCUACCCAGUGCCGAUGACACCAAGGACAUGCGUGCAGCUCAGGCAGCCAUCGACGAUUCUGAAACAUCCGACACCGAUGACGUCCCAGCAGAAGCUGCAAAAAUUGACAGCGCUGCAAAGGUGGACGAUGACAAUGAUGAAAACGAGUGUGACAUUUUGGGCAACAAGCAACUAUUGAAGCGAAUUAUUAAAAAGGCAUCAUCGAGUGCCAAACGACCCAAUCGUGGCGAUUUGGUAACCAUAACGUACACCGGAAAAUUGGAGAACGGUACCAUUGUGGAGAAGGAGGAGCGCUUCCAGUGUCACGUUGGAGAUCUAGAAGUGGUGCAAGGCUUAGAUAUGGUGCUUCCAAUGAUGCAUGUGGGCGAAGUGGCAGAGGUCACUGUUGAUCAACGCUUCGGCUAUGGCACGGCUGGACUUAAAACAGACAAUCCGCCGGAAAUCGUCAUACCACCAAAUGCUCAGUUAAUCUACGAAUUGGAAUUGGUUGAUGUUAAGUACGAAGAUUUUGCAGAUUUGAAGUCAUUUGAAGUGUUGCGUAAAUAUGGAGCCAGGAAAAAAGAGCGAGCAAAUUACUUUUACAAGCGGGUGGAAUACAAUAAUGCCAUACAUUUGUAUAGACGCGCCUUGGACUAUUUGGAUCAUCGGGAUGGCGAUCCAGAUGCGGAGUUUGGCAAAGAGGACCUCGAGCUAUCAAACAGUGACCUGCAGAGUCUCUUGGAGGAUCGAUUGAUUGUGUACAACAAUUUGGCAAUGGCCCAAAUAAAAAUUGGUGCCUAUGACGCCGCACUGCAGUCCGUGGAGCAUGUGCUGCGAUGCCAGCCGAAUAAUCCCAAGGCAUUGUACCGCAAGGGAAGGGUACUUGAGGGCAAGAAUGAUACGCAGGGCGCAAUCAAGUUGUUACAGAAAGUGGCCACGUUGGAGCCUGACAAUCGCACCGUGCAAUCUGACCUGGCUCGUCUCUUUAUUAAGGCACGCCGGGAGGAACACAAUGAAAAGGAGAUGUAUCAGAAAAUGUUGGGUCAGGCUAAAAAAAUGGAACAAAAAACAAGCGUCAGGCAGAAAGCGCCAUUAGUGGACAACUCAAAGCUGAAGUUACUUGGCUUUUUAAUGGGUACAAUAUUGAUUGGUGUAGCUGGUGUAGCCAUUUAUCGCUACAAGUAUUGAGACGUAAGAGUGUAAAAUUGUAAUCUAAACUACCGAGUACUUUAAGCAAUUCAAAUGCAUUUUAAUACAUAAAGCGAAAUUAUUAAAGUUGGAAACUAACUGCUUUCUUGUAAA